CAUCUCCCGAUAUAAAAGCCCCCCUCCACUUCUCCCCCAUUUCUUCCUCAGCUUGUAUGGAUCGAGCUUCUCUCCUCAUCCAUUCACAAGCUUCUUCUUUAAUACCCCACGCCCUUCCCCUUCUCCAUUAUUAUCCUUAUCAACAAUCAAGAAUCAAAAAAGCCCAUUUCUGAUUGAUUCGAUUUGAAAUUUCCAAAAAAAAUAAAAAUUGAAUUGAAUACAAAUCAUAUCAUAUAUGGCUUCCCUUACCUCUUCUUUCUUGGAUCUGAAUCCCUUAUCCCAUACGACAUCGUCUCCGGGGGGACCCGGUCUUUCCCGGAUCUACCUCCGCGACAGGAUUCGGGUACCAGCGGCUAAUCUAAACACCAACGGUACCGGGGCUCCGGUCACCUUCGGUUCCGGGCAAGUGGGUCGGUUCCGCCACGAGUGGCAGAGCGCGUGCGCCAUACUCGCCAGUAAAGUCGUCUCCCAGCAGCAGGACACUGAGAAGAGCGGCGGCGGCGCCGACGGAAUCUCCGCCGUCAACGGCCAUCCGACGCUCGACCUCGUCCCCGUCAAAGACGAGUCCAACUCGCCGGCGCCGCUGCCGAAACCUCUCAGCAUCGCCGACCUCUCCCCGGCGCCGAUGCACGGCUCGAAGCUCAGAGUCGCCUACCAAGGCGUCCCCGGCGCGUACAGCGAAGCCGCCGCCGGAAAAGCUUAUCCGAACUGCGAUCCGAUUCCUUGCGACCAGUUUGAGGUGGCGUUUCAGGCGGUGGAGCUCUGGAUCGCCGAUCGAGCCGUUUUGCCGGUGGAGAAUUCGUUAGGCGGCUCGAUUCACCGGAAUUACGACCUCCUCCUCCGCCACCGCCUCCACAUCGUCGGCGAGGUUCAGCUCCCCGUCCACCACUGUCUCUUAGCUCUCCCCGGCGUACGGAAGGAGUAUUUAACGCGCGUGAUAAGCCAUCCCCAAGCAUUAUCGCAGUGCGAGCACACGCUAACAAAAAUGGGGCUGAACGUGGCGCGUGAGGCGGUGGACGACACCGCCGGCGCGGCGGAGUACAUCGCGACGAACAGUCUACGCGACACGGCGGCGAUUGCGUCGGCACGCGCCGCCGAGCUGUACGGACUCCAAAUCCUCGCCGACGGAAUCCAGGACGACUCCGGCAACGUGACGAGAUUCGUAAUGCUCGCCAGAGAACCGAUAAUUCCGCGAACAGAUCGGCCGUUCAAAACGAGCAUCGUUUUCGCGCACGAGAAGGGGACGAGCGUUCUCUUCAAGGUUCUGUCGGCGUUCGCCUUCAGAAACAUCAGUUUGACGAAGAUCGAGUCGCGACCGCACCGGAACCGGCCGAUCCGCCUCGUCGACGACGCCAACGUCGGCACGGCGAAGCAUUUUGAGUACAUGUUCUACGUUGAUUUCGAGGCGUCGAUGGCGGACGUGAGGGCGCAGAACGCGUUGGCGGAGGUUCAGGAGUUCACGUCUUUCUUGAGAGUGCUGGGAAGUUAUCCAAUGGACAUGACGCCAUGGACGCCGUCGGCGAGCUCCGCCGGAGACGACGACUAGCGAAAUUACGGAUUUACCCUCACCCGCCCGACCGCAUUAUAUUAUUUGGAACUUAUUAAUUAAAUUUUCAGUAAAUUUUUAUGCAAAACAAUAUGUAAUUUAUGAAAAUUGUGCCUAAAUUCUUAUUGUUUAAAAACUGGAUCGAAUUUCUUUAUAAAUUCUGAAAUUACGUAUUUAACCUCA